CAUCGCCUGCCCUACGUCCGCAAGCUGCUAAGGGGAAAUGCAAGGAGAUAGAACUUCAAACAAACUCUGAAAUCGCAGAUUUGUCACUGCCGCCUUCCUCCUCACCGUUUCCUGUUCCACGGAUACCCGACCCCUUUAGUCAAAUUCGCUCAUGCGUCCAGCACGUGCCGACGACUAUCCCCGCCCUCCACAAAGCUGAGGAUGAACCCAUGACACGUGCGCGAUCCGUGACGUCUAUGAGGGCGUUUACAUCGCCAUUCGCAUCGUUUGGGGAUGUAGACAUGGCAGAGGCGGAUCUGUUGUCGCAGCCUGAGUUGCUCGAUGGUAACUCUUUGAAGUCGUAUGAAGCCCAGAAUGCAUCGAUUCGGACUUGCGAAGACGCGAAUGCAGAGUUCGACGAUCAGCAGAGCACUGAAAAAUCCCGGAAAGAAGUCCUUUCCCAGCCAUCAUCAGACGCUCCACCAUCGCAGCACUCCCAGCCAUUUAAAAGCUUUUCCAAUCAGGAGUUUUCUCGUCAUCCCUCUCUCCCUCCCUCUCAAAUUCAGGGCCAUCAUAGCGGCGGUCAUAGGAGAAAACGCCGCAGACUCGAAGAACAUACCAUCAGUGCUUCUGAGACAGAAAACAGUGGCGUGGUUCCCCCAUCUUUUCUCGUUUCUGCCCUCGGACGUAGAAAGACUGAAGAAUCCAUUGAUAGCCCCGGUGAUGCGGCACAUCCGCACUAUAGGUCUUUUAGGGUCCCAUCAUCCAGAUCCAUUCCUUGAUUUAGGCUAUACGGCAAGUGAACCAAAACACGAGCACAAGCAGCGGCACUCCGCAAUUCCUCCUGGAAACCUUACACCCAGUCGGUCCGCUCCCUUGCUUCUAUCCCCUCCUCAACCCCCAGAGAGCAGUUCUUACCGCCGCGGCUAUGAACCACGUGCGACAUCCUCUACCUCGGUCCUCGUUACUUUGAAUUUACCCCGCACUCUCGCGUCCGCUCCAACGAUACCUCUUUUGUCGGGUAGCACUUCAACUAUCAGCCUUGCCUCGUCCUCCAAGAUUCUACGACCUUCCUUCAUCAUCUCAGAAAAAUCAUCGGUGUCUCGCUCGGGAGAACGACGCAAACGACGGGAAAUAGCUGAGAAGCUGUGUCGAGCUCGUCCAGACCUGGUCGAUCCAUCCUAUGCAGCUAAGCGAGCGAGGACGCUGUCUCGGGUCAAGGGUGAAUUAUCGGUAUCCGUGCAAGACAUGAGCGAAAUUGGCUCGUCUUCAGUCAUACACCACCUCUGGAAACAUGAGUGGUCCGUCGACUAUGCUCCGCCAAGAAUUCCGCCCUACAUCUACGUUAUCUUACCUUCCGCGGUCGAAACAAGUUGCUAGAGCAGCAGUUUCUAAACAUCUGCUGCGGAGCGCCCGCGUGACCUAUUGGAUGAGGAUACAGAAGACGUAGUAUCAGACGAUGGAUUGGGCACGAAGUCGAAGGCUUGCACGGGA